GCAGCGAGCCCUAGGGCGGUUGGAUCGAACCGUGUAAAAACCAGCCUUCUUUGCCCGCUCAAACAGAGUCCUCGCUACUCUCUUCUCUCUGCUUCGCCUCGUCUUCGCUCUUGGCCAGUGAGCCCUAGCGUUCGUCUUCUUCGCAGCGAUGAAGCUCGUCAGGUUUUUGAUGAAGCUGAACAACGAGACCGUCUCCAUCGAGCUCAAGAAUGGGACUGUGGUUCACGGCACCAUCACAGGUGUCGACAUUAGUAUGAACACACAUCUCAAGACUGUGAAACUCACAUUGAAAGGGAAAAACCCAGUGACUCUGGACCACCUGAGUGUGAGGGGGAAUAAUAUUCGUUACUACAUUCUUCCAGACAGUAUAAAUCUUGAGACUUUAUUGGUGGAAGAGACACCUCGGGUCAAACCGAAGAAGCCAACUGCUGGGAGGGCUUUGGGACGAGGUCGGGGCCGUGGACGUGGACGUGGUCGUGGACGCGGGCGUUAAGUUUGCUGUUCGCAGUUUCAAAAUUUUUGUUAUCUCUGAGGUUGGUGUAGAAACCAUCGGGGUGGCAGGAAAGAUGUGUUGGUUCUCUGGACUUAUAAAAGGUCGGCGACACUGUACUCUAGUCGGAGUUUUAUGGUAGAAUUCUUAAACUGCACCUGGAGUUACUUGCAAUUAUCAGUCUGGUAUUGUUGAUCGUAUUGACGAACUUUCUAAUGGAAUAGUCUUCCACCAGUGAA